AUGGGCACAGUAUCCAUUGGUUACGACAUCGGCAAUGGUGCAUUAGGACUUCUGGUGACGUAUUGGAUCAGGACCAGGCGUGCCAAGGUUAAGGCGCUGUCCCUGGGCGCGCUGCUACUGUGGGCGGGAGCCAUGAUCUUCGCCCUCCCCCACUUCACAGUCGGACUGUACAACUACGGAGCGUCCGUUAGAACAACAUGUCACCAUGGCAACAACGACACCCGAUCCACGUGUGAAGAAGAAGAAACGGGACUGUCUAAUUACAUGUUUGUGUUCCUUACAGGUCAGAUACUGCAGGGGAUAGGGGCGAUUCCACUACAUACAUUCGGUAGUGAUCUGUUGGAGGCAAGCGCGCCUCCCAACUCUGGCGGAUUGUAUCUGGGUUUGAAAGAUGCCGCGGGUGCGCUUGGACCAGCUGUUGGCUACCUUCUCAAUGGAAAACUGCUCAACACUUAUGUUGAUUUCAACAAACCAGGCGCAGUGCCACCGGACGGAGGCCCAUCAGACUCCCGGUGGCUGGGUGCCUGGUGGCUUGGGUUCCCCAUGUUCGCUACUAUCGCACUUCUCAUCUCACCCUGGCUAGCGGGACUACCGGGCAAAUAUCCAGAUAAUGCUACUCUGUCUACUGAGUCAAAGAAAGGCGAAGAAGAUCCAGAAAAUAAGGGGCUAGUCAAUUUCUUCAAGGAAAUGGCGUCCAUGUUUAAGAUCCCGACGCUCCUUUUCCUGACGUCAGCGUCCUGCGGGAUCGCCAUGAGCUUUAACGGCCUCAUCACCUUCGCCGUCAAGUACGUCGAGAAUCAGUUCGCACAGCCUGCUGGGUGGUCCGCCAUCUUGUCAGGGAUUGUUUUGAUACCAGGAGGGAUGGGUGGUUCGCUCCUCGGCGGUUUUAUGAUGAGAAGACUCCGAGUGGGAAUUUCCGGAGCCCUGAAGCUGGCCAUAACGGGAAGUAUCGUCAUGGGACAGGUACACCCUUAUAACCCACCCACCUUUUCUGGUCUCACCAUGAACAGGAACAUGUACACCCCUCCUAACCCACCCACCUUUCCUGGUCUCACCAUGAACAGGACAGGUACACCCUCCUAA